AUGGCGGGGUCCGGUGACGAUGACUCGCCGGGCGAUGACUACUUCAACGAUCUCUCGCAGCAGCCCACCAAGCAGUCCGAUGGGGGGCAGGACGACGGCGCCAACGGCCAGAUCCCCAAAGUCAAGAGAAUCGCAUGUGUGCUGUGUCGCAAGCGCAAGCUGAAGUGCGACGGCAACAAGCCUUCGUGCGGGACGUGCACCCGCCUGCAGCACGAGUGUUCGUAUGAUGAGGCGAGGAAGAAGAGCGGGCCGAAGAGGGGGUAUGUGAAGGCUUUGGAGGCGCGGUUGGCGCAGGUGGAGACGCUGCUCAAAACGCAAGAUGAUCCGCCGGCGGGUGCGCCGAAGAGUAAUGGCGCUGCCGCCGUGGACAUUGGGAUGACAUCGCAGUAUGCGGACAUGGCGCUGGCAAACGGCAAUGGGAAUAUCUUGUUGCAGCCGGGGCAAGAGUCGGCCGCGUUCCCUCACGACAUUUUUGACGACAUCAACGCCAACGUGCUACCCCCGGAAGAGCCAUUCUCGUGGGAGAUGAUCGGACUGGGACUGGACGAACCGCUGCCCACCUCGGAUGUCAUCAACGAACUGAAUCAGGUCUUCUUUGAACGGAUCCACCCCUCCUUCCCCAUGAUCCACCGCCCACGAUACUACGCCGCCAUGAACCUCGCCCCGCACAUGCGCCCGCCGGUCUGCUUGCGCUACGCCAUGUGGUGUCAUGCCGCGAGCGUGAUAGACAAGUACGAACCGCUGGCCCAGCACUUCUACGCGCGCGCCCGCAAAUACAUCCAGCAAGACGAGAUGAAGGGGCACGGCGAGAGCAUGAUCACCAUCGCCCACGCCCAGACCUGGAUCCUGCUGGCCGGCUUCGAAUUCAAACUCAUGUACUUCCCGCGUGCUUGGAUGUCGUCCGGGCGAGGCACGAGGAUGGUGCAGAUGAUGGGCCUCCAUCGCGUCGACGGUGCUGGAUUGGAUGUGAAACAAUGCUUGCCUCCGCCCAGAGACUGGACGGAUAGGGAGGAGCGGAGGCGAACGUUCUGGAUGGCUUUCUGCGUCGAUCGCUACUCGAGUAUUGGCACGGGCUGGCCGAUGACAAUCGUGGAGCAGGACAUUGCAAGCAAUCUACCGAGUGACGAGCAAUCAUACGAGCUCAGCAAGCAAGUCAAAGGGCUGCCGCUUGAGGCUGCGCUCUCGCCUGAAGGCACCCCGAACUUGACAUCUGCCGGCGGCGUGGUCCUGAUGGCUUGUCUCUUUGGCCGCAACCUGAUCCACCUCCAUCGACCCGCGCCGGACGACGACGAUAACGACUUGGACGGCGGGUUCUGGAAACGACAUCGCGAACUGGACAAUGUGCUGCUGAACAUUGCCUUGGCCUUGCCCGACUCGAUGCGGCUGCCGAUAUGUCUCAACGAUGCGAAUGCCGUGUACAUGAACAUGUGCAUCCACACCUCGACCAUUUGCUUACACCAAGCCGCCAUUUACAAGGCCGACAAGAACCGCAUGCCUUCUCGCGUCUCGGCGGAGAGUAAAGUGAGGUGCAUUACCGCUGCCGCGGAAACGGCGAGUAUCAUGCGGACGAUCAGCCAUCUGGACCUGACAUCGAUGAACCCAUUCCUCUCCUUCUGUCUCUACGUCGCCGCCAGAGUCUUUGUGCAAUACCUCAAAUCGCGACCCAAAGACACCCAAAUCCACACCUCGCUCCAAUUCCUGCUCGCCGCCAUGCAAGCUUUCAAGCGAAAAAAUCCGCUCACCGAGUCCUUCCUCGUGCAGCUAGACGUGGACCUCGAAAGCGCCGGCUUGAACGACUCGCAGGCGGUGCGAGGGAGCAUCAACAUGCCCAAGUACCCCGUGCGAGGCGAGGGCUGUCCUGUCAGCCAGAUGGGCGUGGGCGAAAACUUUGAGCCGUCAUACACCAACGUCGGCGCACCCGGGGUGGGUGUAGGCCAGGAUUGUUCGCCUUUGUCCAAAAAUGUGCCCACGUUUGGGGACAGCAACCUGCCCGGCUUCGCGCCCGAAAGCACCAUGGAAUUCAUCCCGGGCACAAUGAAUACCUACGACCUGCCGAGUCAUGUCCGCUCUCCUGCAUCCAACCCGGGCUCCUCGAUGCAUCAGAGUCCGCAAUCCUUCAAUCCGGACAUGGAGACUAGUCCCGAUGGUAGUGCCGGAGUGGACACUCUUUCGCCGCAUUCGUCCAGCAAUCAGUCGCAGCACAACAGCUCCUCCGCGCAUACUUCGCACACGGGGUACACCCCGCCGUCCGGCCAUCACCAGCAACAACAAUACCAACCGCAACAGCAGCAAUACAACGAUACCCCCGGCCGUCUGACAGGCCCCUCCCUCUUCGACCCCAACGACACAGCCUUUCCCCCGCACGACUUCGAAAUGGCCACCAACCUCUAUCCCGCCCCUCCGACCAUCACCAACACCAACAACCACAGCGCCUCCACCCCCUCCACCACCCACAACGCGAAACCCUCCGCCUUCCCCCUCUCCAACGACUGGGGCGACCUAGGCGGCGACGGGGGAGCUGGCGCCGGUGCAAGCGGCAUGGGCUUUACGCCCGCCGGCCAGCCUUCGACUGCUUUUACGCCCGGCGCGAUGGACACGAUGAGCGAGAUGAUGGGCUUGUCGGACGCGGAGUUUAACGCGAUGAUGGACACGAUGAACUUCAACGCUGCGGCUUGGCAGCAUGCGAAUGCGAGUGGGGUCACGGAUGCGAUGUGA